AUGGGUAAGGAUCAGGCCAACGUCAAGGGCUGCCGCUUCCGCGUGUCCGUCGCGCUGCCUGUCGGCGCGGUGGUGAACUGCGCGGACAACACUGGUGCCAAAAACCUGUACAUCAUCUCCGUGAAGGGCUACCACGGUCGUCUUAACCGUCUGCCGUCUGCUGCGCUGGGCGAUAUGGUGAUGUGCUCUGUGAAGAAGGGCAAGCCGGAGCUGCGCAAGAAGGUGCUGAAUGCCGUAAUCAUCCGCCAGCGCAAGAGUUGGCGCCGCAAGGACGGUACUGUGAUCUACUUCGAGGACAACGCUGGCGUGAUCGUGAACCCCAAGGGUGAGAUGAAGGGUUCUGGCAUUGCCGGCCCUGUGGCGAAGGAGUCUGCGGACCUGUGGCCCAAGAUCUCUACGCACGCCCCCGCGAUCGUCUAA